AAGUGUGUCUGNNCNNGACCUGGGCUCNGUGGUGACCUCGUCAUGGCAUCUUCUGCUUCUUGGAGCGGCUUCCUGGAUUUUGGCCAGAAUCCUUGCCUGGACUUACUCAUUCUGUGAGAACUGCUCCCGACUCAGAUGUUUCCCUCAGCCCCCUAAAAGAAACUGGUUUUUGGGUCACUUGGGCAUGAUCCAGAACAAUGAGGAAGGCAUGCGGCUGGUGACGGAAAUGGGCCAGACUUUCCAAGAUGUUCACCUCUGUUGGCUGGGACCAGUGAUCCCUGUGCUGAGGAUUGUUGACCCUGCAUUUGUUGCCCCCCUGCUCCAGGCCCCAGGUAUCCAUUCUAGGAUCCCAACCAUUGGCUUCUUCUCUGUCCCUUAUCUCAGCUCAUUCUAUCCCUGGAUUGACCAGGCUGAGCAGCAGAUGGGGCAGAAUCUGACAGUGGCCAUGUCUCUGUGGCUAACCUGUUGAGUGACUUUGGAUAAGGUCCUGAGUCUCUCUUGCUGCUAAAAUCGAGCUGUGGGUGAUAGAAGCUCAACCAAGUAUGAUCUUAGCCGGGGAAGAAAUGGAUUGGCUGGGAUCUACUUGGUGGUAGAACACUUGCCUACCAUGAACAGAGUGGCUGG